UAUCUGUGUUGUUAGCUAAGAGAGUGGUAACACCGAUCACCCAUCUAUUGUGUGUAGUAACUGUAGUAGCGAGGCUGAAACAUUCAAUUUUUUACGAGAGACCAGUUAAGAGUGGUGUUAGCAAGGAUUCUGUCUCUGUCAGCGUUACCCCUUGGACCGAGUACGUUCUCUAGUAAAUGGGCGUGGUUUGCUGCGGUUGUUUUUAAUGAACAGGAGACCCUCAGACCAAUACCAGUGCCAACCCGCUUGUCAAAACGCAUGCGUAGUGAACGCGUGGAGAAAAUUAAAUUUCCAAAGUAUAAGAAGUUGUAGCGGGACCAGCGUGGUCGCAGUAGCAACCGAAAGCUAGUAUCAAUAGGAUUUUGGUAUCGGAUCAUGUGGAAAAUCAUGCAGGAGAAUUUGGAGGAUCUCACUAGUCCCAAUCUAUGGCGCUCCGUAGCUGCCGAGUUGGUGGGAACUAUGUUCUUGGUGUUUUUCGGGUGUGCCUCAGCCCUACCCCAGCAAUCUACCGGGGGUAUGUCGGGCACAGACUUGUUAGCAAUGCCCCCAUCUACCGUCCAGAUCUCCCUUACUUUCGGUUUAAUAGUUGGUACAAUGGUAUGGGCUAUUGGCCAUAUUAGCGGUGGUCACAUCAACCCUGCUGUCACCCUCGGCGCCCUUGUCACCCGACGGGUCAGUAUUGUCCGUGGACUUAUGUACAUCGUAGCCCAAAUUUUGGGGGCAAUGGUAGGGGCCGGAAUUCUGUUCGGUCUCACCCCCAAGGAUACCCAGGGAACACUAGGAGUAAACACCCUUAAAGGCAGCGUCACCGAUGCCCAGGGUUUCGGCGUGGAACUAAUGAUUACUUUCGUUUUGGUUUUCACUGUGUUAGCGUCCAUUGACAGUGAUAGGAACGAUUUGAACGGAUCUGCCCCCUUGACCAUUGGUCUUGCGGUUGUAGCUGGACAUUUGGUGGCCAUCCAAUAUACCGGAUGUAGUUUGAACCCAGCUAGGAGCUUCGGCCCUGCCGUCGUUACCGGUAAAUGGGAAAACCACUGGGUAAGCAUGAUGUCAUACAAGUCUUAAUUCUGAUAGAUUGAU